UUUGUUUUCAUUUUCAUCGCAGCCCCAUGGCUCCGUCCAAAAGAACAGAAGAAGUCGAAUCCAGGAAAAGGAAGCGGGAUUCCCUCAUACAGCAGAUAACAACGAUUAACAAUGCCCUUAACCUUGAAGCACUCCGGGAGCUCGACGAAGCGGCAGUCGAAGUCCGAAUAGAGCAGGUGGAUCGGCUAGAGAAGAGAUUUGAUGGUAUUCAAACGCAGUUGGAGGAUGAGGAGGAACCUGAGGACGUAGUGGCGCUAUUUUCCAGCCAUUACAUCGAAGCGAAGACGAAGUUGACGCGCCAAUUGUAUCAUUGCCGUGGUGCGGAAUCUAAUCGCUCGAUCGUGCGGCCAGCUUCGGAUGAGCAGCCAUCGAUUAUCGUCGCACCGCCCAAACAAAGGCUACCAGUUCUGCAUAUUCCAAAGUUCAGCGGUAAUUAUACAGAGUGGCCUGAUUUCUUUUCAAUGUUCAAUACUGUGGUGCAUCAAGACGUGGAUCUGACGAGAAUCGAAAAAUUCCAGCAUCUUCGCUCCAGCUUGCGUGACGCUGCGUUGGAUACAAUACGUUCGUUAGAAAUUUCAGAUCAAAACUAUGACAAGGCUAUUGACUUAUUGAAAUCUCGCUUUGAUAACAAACGUUUAAAUUUUCAGGCUCAUAUAAGAGAUAUCGUCCAACUUAAAAGGGUAGAAGGUGAUUCAGUGGCGAAGCUUCGCGAACUAAGCGACAACGUAAACGCCCAUUUGCGCGCGCUACAAACAAUGGGUACGAAAGAGCAGAUUGCGGAUUGUAUGCUAAUUCAGCUGGUGUCGCAAAAGUUGGACGUUGCAUCUCGCACGAAAUGGGAAGAAGAAGCGCCUGUAAAUGAAAUCCCAACUUGGAGUUUGAUGUCGAAAUUUUUAGAAAAUCGUUGCCAACGUCUGGAAAAUGUCGAAAAUGCCAUUAAACCAAGGUUACCAGUCAAACAGGUAGGAAAUAAAUCAUUCUUAAACAACAACCGCAAGGUGUCGCUAGCCACGUCGUCAAACGGUUGCUUAUUGUGCAACUCCAGUCAACAUGCAGUCGCUCAAUGCGAAACCUUUACUAGCCUUUCACCUUCUAUGCGAUAUAAGGAGGCGAAGAAACUACAACUUUGUCUAAAUUGUCUAAAGGCUGGUCAUUCUCUAAGGAACUGCAGGUCCGGUUGCUGCAAACAUUGCUCAUUGAAACAUCACACCUUGCUUCAUCAAGGCACCCUUCCAUCUGGGUCAGCCAUUCAAACACCAACUUCUACUUCGGCCUCAGCUAUAGUGACAGACGCGCCAACUUCAUUGCUUGCCGCGGGUAGCCUGUCCACUUCGCUUUCGGCAUCAGCGUCGCCGUUUGCUUUCCCUGCAGCAACACUUGUUAGUUCUGGUUCCCAAACCAUUGAUUUCGUUCUCUUGGCUACCGCAGUCAUUUAUAUAAAAAAUCGCGCUGGAUCGCUCAUUCCUUGUAGGGCUUUGCUUGACUCUGCAUCGCAGCUUAACUUUAUCACUAAUCGGUUAGUUAACCAACUUCAACUUAGAAAAUUCAAAUCGUCAUUGUCCAUUUCUGGCAUAGGCCAAAAUGGUUUUGUCGCAGAUCAUAUCGUUGAUCUGGAACUACACUCGCGCAUCAGUGAUUAUUCUGCCAAGCUGUCGGCAGUUGUUACAUACACCAUUACCGACGUCCAACCGAGCCGUUCGUUGAAAGGGAUUGACUGGAGCAUACCUUCAAACAUUCGCCUAGCAGAUCCACUAUUUUUUUGAACCCCAGCGCAUCGAUAUCCUCA